AUGGAUUCCAACGACGUUUAUGAUUAUGUUAUUUGCGGGGGAGGCACCACCGGCUGUGUGGUCGCAGGUCGAUUAGCGGAGAACUCCAAUGUUCGCAUCCUGGUCAUCGAGGCAGGACAGCAUAAUAAGGAUUUGGAGAAUGUGCACAUGGCCGGCGGAUGGUCGAAUAACUUCGACUCGGAGACGGACUGGAACAUCGUCACGCCUUCGAUGAAGGGAGUCGAUAAUCGACAGGUCAAGCUGAGUCGCGGACGUUUCCUGGGUGGCUCUUCGGGCUGCAAUGGCACGCUGUGCGUGCGAGGAAGUCCGCAGGACUUUGACGAUUGGGGUCUGGAGGGAUGGAGUGGAUCGGAAGUGUUUGCGGCUAUGAAGAAGGCAGAGACUUUCCAUCCGAAAGACUGGCAUCAGGCAGAUAUAAAAAGCCAUGGAUUCUCGGGCCCGCUACAUACUGAACCGCACGACCUGGCUCCCAUCGGCAACUUGAUUCUGGACUCCUUCGUCUCGCAGGGCCUCCCACUUGAUCAUGAUAUGUUCAGUACAGGGGAGACUCCCCACGGAUGCGGCCAUGUGAUGCGGACAGUGCAUAAAGGAAUUCGAUCGACGUCCGCCGACUUCAUAACGAAGGAGUACCAUCGGGCCAAUGUCACCAUCCUGACCGACACUACGGUCGACCGCGUAAUCCUGGAGCAAGGUGCGAAUGGCCCACGGGCAACAGGGGCAGUAGGGGUUUUUCCCGAUGGCUCGUCACGGACUUUCAAAGCCCGGAAGGAAGUCAUCAUUUCGGGAGGAGCCUAUUGCAGUCCGGCUGUGCUCAUGCGAUCUGGUAUCGGGGCCCGUCAGGAGCUGGAGGAUAUCGGAAUCCCAUGCAGCGUCGACUUACCAGGUGUGGGCAAGAACCUGAUGGAUCAUCUGAUCGUAUUCAUGUUCUACGAGACCGAAAAACCAGGCCUAACCAACGACCACCACGUCUACCACGAGAACAACUUCGAAAAGACCUACGCCCAAUGGAAGGAGCACAAGUCCGGGUUCCUCUCGACAUUCCCCUUCGGCUGCUUUGCAUUCGCGCGUCUCGACGACCGCCUUAAAAACGAGCCGCUGUGGAAGAACGCCCCGCGAGAACCAGGACGAGACCCGAUGGGCCUAACGCCUAAACAACCAAACAUCGAGUUCUUUACCACCGAAUGCUACGGCGGUCCGAAGCAAUUCGACCAGUUCCCGAUCAACAACAAACACGCGUUCUCGAUGAUCGCCGAGCUGUUCGCCCCCAAGUCUCGCGGAACCGUCACGCUGAAGUCGAAAGACCCGACGGAGAACCCGGUCGUGGACUGCAACUAUCUGGCCGACCCGAUGGAUCUGCUGGUGCUGUCGGAGGCGUGCCGCUUUGGCAACGAGAUUGUGAUGCAGGGCGCCGGAACGAAGGAUAUUGUGAAGGGGUCAUGGCCGCCGAAUCUCUCGCAUCAUACGUAUAAGACCCGCGAGGAAUGGGUGCCGUAUGUCAAGGAGAAUGCCACGACGUGCUACCACGCAUCCGGGACAUGUGCCAUGGGCAGCGACGACAAUCCAAUGGCGGUGCUGGAUAACAAACUCCGCGUGAAAGGGGUUGCCGGCCUCCGAGUAGCAGACACGAGCGCGAUGCCGGUGCUUUGUGGCGGACACACGCAGAUGACAGCGUACGGGAUUGGUGAGCGAUGUGCGGACUUCAUCAAGGAAACGUGGAAUGAAGGAAGGACAGGUGAGAGAAGGAGACAGGGGGAGAGACAGGGGAUGGCGAUUACCCGGGCACAUCUCUAGGGGCUAUGUUGAGAGUUACGAAGUCUAUGCUUUCUGUCUAAGGUUCAUAGUCGAUGGAGAUGUCUUGCUAUGAAG